UGUUUUUUGUUUUUUAUUUUGUCCGAAAAGAAGCAUAUUUUGCUUCUGCAUAGAGUAAAAAACAAAGAAGCGAUCGAUGAAAUGUUUGCUUAAUUUUAGGAACUUACUUCAAUUUCACUAGCGAGGACAAGAUCUAAAUGAAUGCAGAAAGGCUUACGAAGGAGCUCGGAUUAAUGCAUAAGUGCCUUUUGUAAUUUUGUUCAUGUCGUAUUUAGAUAUUAUUCACAUAUGUUCACAUUUUGAUUUCUGCAUCUGUCUACCCUCAUAAAUCCAUAGUUAUUAGUUACUUUCUAAAUGAGGUAUUGAUUUAUUUUAUGCAUAAUUUUUGUGGCCUGAAUUGAACUUGGUUCUCCUUCAAUUAUUGCAAAUUGUGUGCUGUAUGAAUGAACUUUCUGCACUUGUCAUCUUUCUGGGUUUUCCCAUUUUGGGCUUCUGUGGCUGUGUCUGCUGGUACAUUCAAACAGAUUACAUGUUUUGAUGCUCAUUGUGAUGAAUGCUUCAUACGCCUUCCCCUCCCGAUAAUCUUUAUUGGUUUCCUUUGGCGAUUUUUUCUUAUUGUUUUUUACUUUUUUUCUUUCUUUGAGAAUCUAGCCACUUAUUUUAUCACUACUUUUGCAGGUAGAAACUACUACUAGUUGUUUUGAUCCCCUGGAGAAACAGAGAAGUUCUGCACACACUUCUCUGGUGGUGGAAGCUAAGUAUUGUUAGUGGAUACGUACUUUAGGAUUUCAGAACUAGUGCAUAAGGAGUUCGAUAAGGAAUAGUCAGACAAAGGGUUCAAGAAGAACCGAAAGGAGAGAGAAUAAAUUGCAUCAAGAUAAUUCUUCCAAAACAUUGAAUGAGAAAGGAACUGAAUCUAAGACACCCAAGGAUAGUAGACCAAGUGCAAAUAAUUUUAUAAGUGAUUCAAACACGGCCACAGAGAAUUCAGAAACUUAUGAAAACGUGGUUAUACAUUAUGUGGAUGAUGUCAACAGGUCUGAGGAGGCACUUGCUGAGAUGAAAGUUAAUGAAAUGGUUGCUAAUGAAAAUAAAAAUGAAGUGGCUGACGAUCAUUCUAGUGAUUUGGAGAAAGAGCUAAAGGAAGGGAAUGAAGAAGUAUCAGAUGCUGAGACAGUAAAGGAUUCAGUAUCUUCCGUAGGUGAUUCUAUCACAAAUGAGGACGAGACAGAAGAAAAGGCUUCAAAAGACCCUAAAAGUAAGGUUAAAGUGAAUCCUUCAGAAAGCAAUCGUGGAUCAAGGGAAAAAUCCGAUAAAAAAACAAAUAAAAUGCAACCAAAGGUAUCACUUAGCAAUCAAAAGAAACCUAUGAACUCAAAUAAAGGGCCCUCCAAAGUUACUAACAAAAAUGUAUCCUCAACCAGUUCUAAGACUGUGAAAGUUCCUGUAAGUGUUUCAUCAGAAUCUUCUGAAGCUGAUGAAAAACCUGUUCAGGAUGUCAAGGAACUUGAUAUCGUGGAUGGAUCCUCCAAUGGCGCUCAGAGCUUAGAAAGUGAAGAUGAAAGUCAUGAAACAGUUAAUGCUAAAGAAAAUGGUGAACAUGAAGACGAGGCAGCGGCAAAAUUAAGAAUUGAAGAAAUGGAAUCACGAAUUGAAAAGCUUGAAGAGGAACUUAGAGAAGUUGCUGCUCUUGAAGUGUCACUUUAUUCUAUUGCACCGGAGCAUGGCAGCUCAGCACACAAAGUGCACACACCUGCUCGGCGCCUUUCUAGGCUCUACAUACAUGCUUGUAAGCAUUGGAGCCAAAAAAGUCGAGCAACGAUUGCCAAGAAUACUGUUUCUGGCCUUAUUUUGGUUGCUAAGUCUUGUGGUAAUGAUGUUUCAAGGUUAACUUUCUGGUUGUCAAAUGUCAUUGUGCUGAGAGAGAUAAUUUCACAAGCUUUUGGGAAUUCUUGUCUAGCUAGUCCCCUUAAAAGGUUGGCUGAAUCAAAUGGUGCUGGCAAGAGAAAUGAUGGGAAGUCUAUGGCACUGAAAUGGAAAGCUAGCUCCAAUGGUAAACCAGUAAAUGGUUUUAUGCCUCUUAUUGAAGAUUGGCAAGAGACAGGAACUUAUAUAUUCGCUCUAGAAAGAGUAGAAUCAUGGAUCUUUUCUCGGAUAGUGGAGUCAGUGUGGUGGCAGGCUUUGACUCCCUAUAUGCAGUCUCCAGUUGGGGACUCUUCAAAUAAAUCCAUUGGGAGGUUGAUGGGACCUGCCCUGGGUGAUCACAACCAAGGAAACUUUUCUGUCAAUCUCUGGAGAAAUGCUUUCCAAGAUGCUUUUCAACGACUCUGUCCUGUUCGAGCAGGAGGGCAUGAGUGUGGUUGUUUGCCUGUUUUGGCUAGAAUGGUCAUGGAACAGUGCAUUGCUAGACUAGAUGUUGCUAUGUUCAAUGCUAUUCUUCGGGAGUCAGCCCUUGAGAUCCCAACUGAUCCGAUAUCAGACCCUAUUGUGGAUUCUAAGGUUUUGCCAAUUCCAGCUGGAGAUUUAAGCUUUGGGUCUGGUGCACAGCUAAAAAAUUCUGUUGGCAAUUGGUCUAGAUGGCUUACUGACAUGUUUGGCAUGGAUGCUGAAGAAUGUCUGCAAGAAGAUCAGGAAAGCAGUGAGAAUGACGAAAGCCAGGGUGGAGAUCGUGAACCUAAAUCUUUUGUUCUCCUUAAUGACUUGAGUGACCUUCUCAUGCUACCUAAGGACAUGCUUAUGGAUAGACAAAUCAGACAGGAGGUGUGUCCAUCCAUCAGUCUUUCAUUGGUUAUUCGGGUUUUGUGUAACUUCACUCCGGAUGAGUUCUGUCCUGACCCUGUUCCAGGAACUGUCUUGGAGGCCCUGAAUGCAGAGACUAUUAUAGAGCGAAGAUUGUCCACAGAAUCUGUAAGAAGCUUCCCUUAUGUGGCUGCUCCUGUUGUGUACAUGCCACCCUCCUCUGCUAACGUGGCAGAGAAAGUUGCAGAGGCUGGAGGAAAGUCUCACUUGGAAAGAAACGUAUCAGCUGUUCAGAGGAGAGGAUACACCAGUGAUGAAGAGCUAGAGGAACUUGAUUCCCCUCUUACAUCCAUCAUUGAUAAGCUUCCUUCAUCUCCAACAGUCACUGAUAAUGGAAAAGGUAAUAAUCACAAAGUGCACCCCACCACAAAUGCUAGAUAUCAACUCCUACGUGAAGUUUGGUCCAUGUGAACCUUGUGAGUUUCACAUAUCAAGGGAAAAAUGAAUAUGUUGGAGAUUUGGCAGAAAGGAAUUGGAAUUGAGAAAAUUACAAAGAAAUGAAAUUGAAAGAUUUUGGAUACUUUGUGAGAAUCUUCAUCAAUAGAGGUUAAGCCUGCAGUUUUAUUUUUGUUGUAUAUAAAAAAGUAAGUCAUUAUAGUAGCAUUAAAGAAGAAAAAAAAUUUGUUCUGUUCAGUGUUUACAUCUUCGUGUCUGUUUUAUAAUUAGCAUGCAAGAUAUAUUUGUAAUAGAAUUUUUUAUAUUUAUUUAUCGUUAAGGGUAUACAAAAUCUUUUACCA